CCGAGGAACCCUCGCCCACUGCACCCGCACCCCGCGCGGUUAGAUAGAUCGGUCCGUUCUCAGAGAAAUCCACCGAUGGCGAAGCAAUUCUACGGAGAGGCUGCCAACUUCCCGGGGGCGCCCGAGAACUUCGACCCGUCCGACCCACUCGCUGACAAGGUCGCGGCCAUCGCUCAGAGAGAGCACGUGGUUCGCGAGAAGAUGGUGAAGAUCGAGACCGCCAAGCUGCUUCGCGAGCGAGUUCAGGAGUGCUACAAGAUGGAGGGCGUGAACCAUUACCAGAACUGCAAGGAGGAGGUGAAGGCGUAUCUCGAGUCCAUCAAGAACGUCGGUGUGCAUCGUUCGAACAUCGGGCCGAACGACAAGGCGAUCGACCAGCAAUAGGCGUCUAUCAGAGUCGCUGUGUAAAACAACUGUCUGUCAAAAAA